UUUUAUUCAGUCGCUAGCCCAACAUUUGCCCGCUGCAGGACUGCAAGGACUACUGGGUGUAUGGUUGUGGUAAGAUCUAGUCCCAUUUACGUGACGUGAGUGGAAUUCAUCAAGUCUUCACCCAUCAUUUCUUCAAGCGGAUUUAUUAAAAAAUCAGGUGAGAAAGUCAUUUCAGUUCGGCAGAUUUGAGAUGUUGGUUGACGUUAUCGAGACUGAGCAAUUCAAUGUCUUUGCUGACGAAGUAUAUAUUCCAUCAGCAAUGGAAGGACAAAGAACAGCAGCCAACCAUACGGAGGCAGAAAAAGAGAACACGGUUCAUAGAGGACAUUACAAGGACAAGGGAAUUGCAGUUUUCACUAGUGGAGGAGAUGCACAAGGUAUGAAUGCAGCUGUAAGAGCUGUUGUAAGGAUGGGUAUCUACCUUGGAGCCAAGGUGUACUUCAUUAGGGAAGGUUAUCAGGGCAUGGUGGAUGGUGGAGACAACAUUGUUGAAGCCAACUGGUCCUCUGUCUCUGGAAUCAUUCACAAGGGAGGCACCAUUAUUGGCUCCUCACGCUGCAAAGAAUUUCGUGAGCGUGCCGGCCGGCUUAAAGCUGCCAAGAACCUUAUUUUGAAGGGCAUCUCGAAUUUGGUUGUCAUAGGCGGUGAUGGUUCACUGACCGGUGCCAAUUUGUUCCGUCAAGAUUGGCCCGAACUAGUUGCUGAGCUUGCUUCGAAAGGUGAAAUUACACCUGAGCAGGCGACAAAGUUUAGCCAUUUGAACAUUGUUGGCAUGGUUGGUUCGAUUGACAACGAUUUUUGUGGUACCGACAUGACGAUUGGAACGGAUUCCGCUUUGCAUCGCAUUAUCGAAGCUGUGGAUGCAAUUGCAGCCACAGCUUAUUCUCACCAGAGGACAUUUAUUAUGGAAGUCAUGGGACGACACUGUGGGUAUUUAGCCGUAGUGACUGCGUUAACCACCGAGGCCGAUUACGUUUUCUAUCCUGAAAAUCCACCUCCUGUCGACUGGCCUGAAAAAAUUUGCAAGAAACUUUCUCAGGAACGCGAGUCCGGUCAGCGCUUGAAUAUCAUUAUUGUCAGCGAAGGCGCCAUAGAUCGUGAAGGUAACCCCAUUACUGCAGAAAUGAUCCGCGAGGUUGUUGUAACCAAUUUAAAGCAAGACACGAGGAUUACCGUUCUUGGUCAUGUUCAACGAGGUGGUAGUCCAUCCGCUUUCGACCGUGUGUUGGGCUGUCGAAUGGGAGCUGAAGCUGUAAUGGCCGUUCUGGAAGCAACCCCUGAAACUGAAGCGUGUGUGGUAUCGCUAGACGGUAAUCAAGCUGUUAGACUACCACUGAUGGCAUGCGUCGAGAAGACUCAGGCUGUCGCCAAAGCUAUGGCGGACAAACAGUGGGAAUUGGCGGUACAGCUACGUGGCAGGAGCUUCGCUCGUAACGUAGAGACCUACAAGAUGCUUACACGCCUGAAGCCACCUAAAAUGACACCGGAGAUGGCUACGCAUGCGAAAGGACGUCUGUUGAAGCAAGAAACUAUGUGGAUGCAGAGCGGCUAUACUUUGGGAGUGAUGCACGUUGGAGCUCCAGCAUGCGGUAUGAAUGCUGCCGUUCGAUCUUUCGUCCGAAAUUGCAUCUACCGCGGCGAUACUGUCAUUGGAAUCCAUGAUGGCGUCGAAGGACUUAUCGAAGGAAACAUUCAACCCUUGGGCUGGUCGGAUGUAACUGGAUGGGUUGGACAAGGUGGCGCUUUUUUGGGUACCAAGCGUACCUUACCUGAGGGAAAAUUCCCUGAAGUAGCCGCCAGCCUCCGUAAACACAACAUACAAGCUCUUCUUUUGAUUGGUGGCUUCGAGGCUUACCAAACCGUGCUACAGUUAGCCGAGAACCGCGAUAAAUAUCCGGAAUUCUGCAUUCCUAUGGCCAUUGUCCCAUCCACCAUCAGUAACAACGUUCCAGGAACUGAUUUCACUCUUGGUGCUGAUACUGCGUUGAACGAAAUUACCGAGAUUUGCGACAGGAUCCGCCAAUCUGCGCAGGGAACGAAGCGUCGAGUAUUCGUCAUUGAAACGAUGGGUGGUUUCUGUGGCUAUCUUGCUACUCUGGCUGGCGUUGCAGGAGGAGCCGAUGCGGCCUACAUCUAUGAAGAACCUUUUAAUGUGCAGAAUCUGAAGAUGGACGUUGAACAUAUGAAAUCUAAAAUGUCUAUGGAAGGAGUGGAACGUGGACUCGUUCUCAGAAACGAGAAAGCAAAUGAGAACUACACCACCGAUUUUAUAUACAAGCUGUUUUCCGAGGAAGGUAAAGGAGUGUUCAGCGCCAGGAUGAACGUUCUCGGACACAUGCAACAAGGUGGUUCACCAACACCUUUUGACCGCAACAUGGGAACUAAGCUAGCUGCCAAAGCCGUUGAAUGGAUGGUUGAGCAACUGACUCAAGCUACACAACCGGAUGGUACAGUAUGCGCUAACAAACCCGAUUCAGCCGUCAUGCUGGGUAUCGUCAAACGUUAUUAUGCGUACACACCGGUUCAAGAACUGAAGGCCCAGACCGACUUCAAGCAUCGUUUACCUAAAACCCAAUGGUGGCUUAAGAUGCGUCCUUUGCUUCGUAUUUUGGCAAAACAUGAUUCUACGUACGAAGAAGAAGGCUCCUAUAUCGCAGUCGAAGAAGAAAGCGAUAAUCAAAUCAUAAAUUAGGAAAUAUUGACCUUGAAGAAGCGAACAAGGAUAGGAACAUCAUGGAUUCUGUGCGAGAAACCUUAGCUAAACUUAGUUAUGUUAUUAUUAUGAUUACCAACCCUUGAUAUUGUUGUAGGUUGUGUUUUCCUUGAUUAAACUAGUCGACUUGAUGUGGUUGCCAUGCUACAUGAACCCAGAAUUGUUUUAAUGCAGGAACUACUGAAGUAGUUUUUGAAAAACUUCAUAAAAACUGUUAUUCUUUUCUCCCUAUAAUUAUGUUUUGGCUUCUAUGUUCUGCCUUUGUUAUUAAUAUUGUUAACUGUUUAAAAGCGAAUUGCGUAAGAUGGCGGGCUUAUCGUACGUCAUCUUUCGAAAUUUGCUACAUUUUCCCUCUCCCUCUUAUCUCUUUAUUGGUUGUGAAAGUGUUCUAGGGCUGCUGUACUAAACCUACUACACCAGUUCUCAAGUC